CAAGUCUUAAUAAUUAAUAAAUUCAAAUAAGAAUCGAUAUAAUCAGCGAAGAAAACAAUUGUUUACGAUUAAAAUUGGGUCGUCUUACUCAAUUUCCCCUUAAUUGGUUGGCUGCUUCACUGCUUGGCUUCAUAAUUCAUAAACCUAGAAGAAUUCUUAAGAACAAGAAUCUUUUUUCUGCCAUUUCCAGUUUUUCGGCAAUUAACAAAUCAAAUCAAUCACAGAUUUUCUUGAUUUUUUAAUCCUAGCUUCAGCAAGCAUACCAACAACUUCAUGUUCUCUCUUCCCUUGAUUGGAUUAUACUGUAUUAUACUUUUGAGCAGGAUUUUAAUGGUGCAGAGAAUAUAGUCAAGUUUUUGUAAAAGGUUUGGUUGAUUUUGAUCAUGGAGAAUCGUUCUAAUGGACUACUUGGUGGAUGUGAAAUUCAUGGUUUCCGUACCAUGGAAGAUUUGGAUAUCCCGAGCAUAAUGAAGGAAGCAAAGAGUAGGUGGCUCCGCCCCAAUGAAAUCCAUGCUAUAUUGUUCAACUAUACUUAUUUUGACAUCCAUGUUAAGCCAGUCAGCCUGCCAAAAGGUGGGACAAUUGUCUUAUUUGAUCGUAAAAAGCUACGCAAUUUUAGGAAAGAUGGUCACAAUUGGAAGAAGAAAAAGGAUGGGAAAACUGUCAAAGAAGCUCAUGAACACCUAAAGGUUGGCACUGAGGAAAGAAUACAUGUAUACUAUGCUCACGGUGAAGAUAGCCCAAAUUUUGUCCGCAGAUGUUACUGGUUGCUUGAUAAGGCUUUGGAACAUAUAGUACUGGUGCAUUACCGUGAAACUCAAGAGGCUUCUUCAAUCACACCUGUGGAUUCAGGUUUUCGUUCGGACUUGUCUGAAUAUUCAGCUUCUCAGCUUUUGUCGAGGAGCAAUGAAAGCCUGGUCAAUCAAGUCUAUUACCCUGCCAUGAAAGACUUUACAGAAUCUGGUGGAAGUAUCCAUGUUACCAAUCAUGAGAUACAAUUGCAUGAGAUUAACACUCUUGAUUGGGACGAGCUUUUAGCGUCGAAUGAUCUCAAUGAAGCAACAUUCAUCUCUAACGAAAAAACUCCAUACCUUCAGCAAGACAAGCAUCCGUCUGUGAACAUCUCAGAAAACAAUGGAAACUUUUUGUUGACUAGAACCCCUCAUCCAGAUUUGCUCACAUCCAGAAAUUCUAUGAAACCUAUUACAGAAAUUAGUUCGAGUCAUAUGGGUGACAUGUUUCUCCCUUUGUUGGAGGUUCAAACAAAUCAAAAAGAUGAUAGCAGGGUUUAUAAUAUGGGGACAGUGGCUGAUAGAAAUUUUUCAGACAGAAUGGCUAAGGAUGAUUUGUUAAGUCAAGACAGCUUAGGAAGGUGGAUGAAUGAGAUAAUAGUUGAUUCACCUGAGUCAGUGAAUGAUCCUUCCUAUGAAUCUUCUGUAGCAACUAGUCAUGGAUCUAUUGUGUCUUCAGCAGCAGUUGACCAUGAAGGACCUGUCCCUGCACAGAUCUUUUGCAUAACUGAUUUGUCACCAUCAUGGGCAUAUUCUACUGAAGAAACAAAGAUUUUAGUGGUAGGAUUUUUUCACCAGGAAUAUCGACAUUUAGCAAAGUCUACCAUAUAUUGUGUCUGUGGUGACACACUGUAUCCUGCUGAAAUUAUUCAAGUUGGUGUGUUUCGUUGUUUGGUCUCUCCACAUAGUUCUGGAUCUGUAAACUUUUACUUGAGCAUUGAUGGUAAGACACCCAUAAGUCAAAUUAUUACUUUUGAGUUUCGUGCCUCUGCAUCUACUAAUGUAGUCAGAAGGGACAAAUCUCAGUGGAAUAUGUUCCGGAUACAGAUUAGGCUUGCUCAUUUGCUUUACUCCACGUCCAAGAGCCUUGACAUUUUAUCUAGCAAAAUAUCACCAAGUUCUUUAAAAGAGGGAAAAAAGUUUGCCCUCAAAUAUUGUAAUCUUUCUGAUAGUUGGGCAUAUUUUAGCAAACUGAUAGAAAGCGGAAAGAUCUCUUUUGACCGAGCUAAGGACUGUUUGUUUGAACUUUCAAUGAAGAGCAGACUUAAGGAAUGGCUGUUAGAGAGAGUAGUUGAUGGGAGUAAAAUUACUGAACGUGAUACUGAAGGUCAAGGGGUUCUGCAUUUGUGUGCUAUCCUUGGUUAUACAUGGGCAGUCUAUCCAUUUUCUUGCUGUGGCUUAUCAUUGGACUUUAGGGACAAGUUUGGAUGGACAGCUCUUCAUUGGGCUGCAUACUAUGGAAGAGAAAAAAUGGUGGCUGCUCUUCUAUCUGCUGGAGCAAAACCAAACUUGGUUACAGAUCCCACUUCUGAUAAUCCUGGUGGAUGUACUGCCGCUGAUGUUGCAGCUAAGCAGGGUUUUGAGGGUUUAGCUGCUUAUCUUUCAGAAAAAUCUUUGGUUCAGCAAUUUGAAGACAUGAAGAUUGCAGGAAAUGCUGGUGGCUCACUUGAGACGCACACUUAUGAGUCUCCAAUUACCAGCGGCAUCACCGAGGAGGAUCUUUAUCUAAAGGAUACGCUGGCAGCUUAUCGUACGGCAGCUGAUGCUGCUGCACGCAUUCAGGUUGCUUUUAGGGAGACGACACUCAAGCAAAGGACUAAGGCUGUUGAAGGCUCAAAUCCAGAGUUGGAAGCACGGUAUAUUGUUGCAGCAAUGAAGAUACAACAUGCAUAUCGAAAUUAUGAGGUGCGGAAGCAGAUAGCUGCUGCUGCUCGCAUACAAUAUAGAUUCAGAACGUGGAAACUUCGAAAAGAUUUCCUCAAUAAGCGACGACAAGCUAUUAAAAUUCAGGCUAUAUUCAGGGGCUUCCAAGUGCGCCGGGAAUACAGGAAGAUUACUUGGUCUGUUGGGGUGCUCGAGAAAGCAAUACUUAGGUGGCGUCGUAAGAGGAGAGGCUUUUGUGGCCUUAAGGUUGAAAUUAAGGAGCCUAAUGAUGAUCAGAAACGGGAAAGUGAUACAGAAGAAGAUUUUUAUCGAGCUAGCAGAAAACAAGCCGAGGAGCGUGUAGAAAAAGCUGUGGUGCGUGUACAAUCAAUGUUCCGUUCGAAGCAGGCACAGCAAGAAUAUCGAAGGAUGAAAUUAGCUCAUACGCAAGCACAGCUUGGAUAUGGAGAAGCAGUUGAUCCUUAUGACUUUUUGAGUGAAAUGUAGUUCGAUCAAGAUGCAUGCAGUGCAUUGUGUCUGCAUCGGAGUAACAACCGUUGUUUAGUAUUCGGUGACGGGAAGUGUGCUCUUUCAGCUCUAUACAUGUCUGUUAAAGGGUGUAGAUAUGUAGAAUUGGUUGGUUCUUCCCUUCACAUAAAUAGUUUUGUCUUUGUCUUUGUAACUUUAUGCAUCUGUUUACCAUUCUUUUGCUUUGAGGCAGGUUGUAUACUUUGUUUUGGGGGAGGUUAAGGACAUAAUGUUGAUACUCAUUCAACUAUUAUAAAUUAUACUUGCAGCUUUA